GGAAAAUUUUCCUGGGCCGUCGUCUUUUCUUUUCUUUCUUUCUUUUUUUCCCCCAAAGAAAUAAGUCUAAAACCUUGGACCUCUAGACGAGGAGUGGCAAUUUAGGUUCAGCGGUGGCCGAGAAAUGGCGGCGUUUGUGAGGCUCUCGAAGCAGUUAGCUUCUCAACUAUCACAACCCAGAUAUACAGCGAGUGUUUUUCAGUCAUCAUCUUCUUCUCCUGCCGUUUUCAUUUCCCGAAGAGGAAUUGCUACCAAACUUUUCGUUGGAGGACUCUCAUUCUACACUACAGACAAGGUUUUGUCGGAGGCAUUUUCUCAAUAUGGUCAAGUUGUUAAUGCUGAAAUUCCAAAGGAUAGAGUUACUGGUAGAUCAAAGGGAUUUGGAUUCGUAACUUAUGCAUCAGAAGAUGAGGCAGAGAAUGCCAUUAAAGAAUUGGAUGGAAAACCAUUGAAUGGACGUGUGAUCUUCAUCGAUUAUGCAAAGCCAAGAAAGGAUCAUGGCAGUGCAAUGCCAAUCGCCCGAGGGCCUCCAGAACCCGCAUCAGAUCGCUGAUAUGGGCAAAUUGUUUUAUUGAUAAGAUUGCUGUUUUUCCACCAGUCUGUUGGCUUACAUGGUAACAUUGUAAACAGAAGCUUUAUGUACUGAAAGGGGAAACUGGAAGUUACAUUGGUGUCACAGAGUGAAAGUUUAAUCUGAGGACAGGAGAGUCGGGUCCCUAAUGUUUUCCAUAUGUUUUUCCUCUUGGAAAGUUGGAAAACAAUUAACACUGGCUUUCGGUUUAUUAACCAUUGGCAUUUUCGCCUUUCUGGUUUAGUUGUGUUGACGACUCCAUGUCAGAACUUAAACCAUUGUUUUUCAAGUACACUAGCAACAACCCCUCCAAAAUCUUCUUUUUUUUUUUUUUUUUUUUUUGCAUAUUUACAGGGUGUCCACUGUCGGCAAUAGUAACUAAUCCUCCUCCAAAAUCUUUGCCAUUAGGUUUGGUUUAUAGGUUCUGACAAUCUGGCUUUGUAAUCAACAAUCUUUUUUCUUUAUAUAUACACGCUGGGUUACACACCUACUCGUUAUGGUUCAUGAAUGAUGACCUUACUCUAUCUUCUGGGCUUAAAUGUCUUUUGGCGCUUCGCUUUCGUAUUUUUGCAUGUACCUUUGAUAACCAACCUACUGAAGAUGAAUGUAGUGCCUUGCUGUUGACAUAUAAUCCUAUAUAGAAUUUGGAAUCCAUCUGUG